AUGCUCGCGCUCGACGGAGCCGGGGGUCACAAGGCCAGUCGACUUGACAUGGUCAACUCGCGCUUUCGUCAGACGAUGCGGGCUCAAAUUGGUCCAAGCAAAAUGGACUCAACAUUUGCCAUGCUGGGGCUUUGGGUCGCCUUGUGCCUUCGCGGCGUUUCUGCAGCCAACUUCGAUUCCUGGUCUUUGAUCUUGCUCGAAGAUGCCGCAGCGGAGGGAGCAGUUUGCUUGGACGGCUCCCCAGGGGGAUACUUCUUUGAGCCGGGCUCCGGCACAGGCGCCCAAAAAUGGAUUAUCCAUUUUCAAGGGGGAGGCUGGUGCACGAGCCUGGCUGCUUGCUUUCUCGCUUCGGAGAGUCCUUUAGGCAGCUCCGCCACUUGGGCAGCUCAGAAAGACGCGCUUUUGGGCGACUUUGCACACGGCUACAUGUCGAACCAGGCUGAGGUCAACCCGGACAUGUACAACUGGAACAAGGUCUGGGCUCUCUACUGCGAUGGCGGCAGUCGCGCUGGCAACGUCGAUGGCCCGGUAACAGUUGACGACUCUGGCAGCGUCUACUUCCGGGGCGCACACAUCCUCAAUGCCACUUUGGACAGCCUUGCCUCGGCCGGUUUGACAGGAGCGGACGAUCUCAUCGUCACCGGCGAAUCCGCCGGAGGUCUCACGGCCUUGCUGCACGUGGACUUCAUCAGCUCCCGUUUCCCUGGUGUGAAGGUGGUGGUUGGCAUGAACUACUGUGGCUUCUUCGUCGAUUUGCCGGAUGCACAAGGUAUGCAUGGGCAGGCUGAAGUUUGGAAGUGGGUCUUCGUGACGAUGAACAUGAGAUAUUCUCCGUCCUUGAGCACAGACUGCUUUGACGCAUAUGCAGAUACACCAUGGCAGUGCUUCCUAGCUCCGAACCAGCUGCCCUUCGUGAAGACGCCGCUCUUUGUGCUUCACUCCCUCUACGAUUCUUGGCAAUCGAGCCAGACGCUCCAGUUACCAUCGGGCUGUGUGAUCGAAGGCACAUGUUCCCAAGAGGAACGUGAUCUGCUGCACUCCCUGCGGGAUGCUGUCUCGGGCAACUUGUCCUCCUUGCAGGCUCCGUCAUCUUACUUCCUCCACAGCUGUGUGGGGCACUGCGAGCUUGGACUCAACGAUUUCGGCUGGACAGGACUCGUCGUGAAAGGCACCAGCCUCCGGGAAGCUUUCAGAUCGUGGCUUGGGGGCCAAAGCGUUUUCCUCUCCGAAGGCGACGUGGACCCCAAUGCCAACCCCACUUGUGCGGCGGCGCAUGUUGAGCCUGAGGGGCCUGACCCUGUCCCUCUGGUCACUUCCGGCCAGUACGAAGUGCUGGGCCAAGCCGUGAAUCAAGGCUCAACGGAUCCAGAGAUACGCGAGUUCAUGGAGUUCGUGCACGACCCAACCAACUUCAACCUGGGUAUGGAUGGUCAUGUGGACGUCUCAGAAAACACAGUCUUUUGGGGUGUCCUGGGAAUUAUUUAG